UUUUUUGACACCUAAUAAAAAUUUCGUUACGGAAUCUUUAUAUUCAUAAGUUUCUAAUAAUAACCGCUGACUUUCUUAAACGUUUCAUAAUUGCCCGGAAGGACAUUAAAAGUAAAAAGUUUAGUAAACGUUAUUAUGCUAAAAUAGUAGUUUGCAUGGGCGAAUGUGUUGUGUAGUCUGGCUGCUAUUACGUGGAGGAGUUUAAUGGUGCUCCGACGUAACAGGUGAGUCACAGGUGGGGUGCGCGGCGGCGCGGAACGACCCAACGGCUGCCCGACGCUCCUUUGUCCUAUAUUGCUCUAUGGCUCACCGCUACACACAAAUAUCAGUCCACAGUCAUACAAACAUAUAUCGCUGCCAGAUAAAACCAAUACCGAAUCGAUAUGGCGCCUCGGACGGGUGAUCAGCAAUUCAUUAGGGUAGCUCCUGAUUAGUAUUCCAGCGUGUUCCCGACUGACCGAGCAACAUGUUUCCCACCCCCACCACGGCGACCCAAUUGUAAUGCAACGUCGGGCGCGGGCCGGCGGGCAGUGCGGGCCAUGGUCUGCGACGCCGAGCCCGCGCGCCGGCCGCUGCGCCGCCUGGCGUCCACGCGCGGCUUCCCCCCGCGCGGGGACCACGGCUGGCUGCGCGUCUUCGAGGGCCUGGAGCCGUUCGCGGCGGGCGCGGGCAGCAAGCUGGUGCGGGCGACGCUCAGCACGACGGCGGAGGAGGUGUGCCGGCAGCUGGGGCUGGGCGAGGAGCAGGCGCUGUGGCUGCAGGUGGGCGGCGGGCCGGGGCGGCGCGUGGAGGCGGACGAGCGCCCGCUGCGGCUGCAGGAGCAGGCGCUGGCGGCGUGCGGCUGGCGCUCGGCGUGGCGGCGCGCGCGGCUGGCGGUGGACCCCGAGCUGCGCCACGCGCUGCGCUGGGCCGCCGGGCCCGCCGCGCGCGGCACCUGCGUGCUGCGCUCCGGCACCCUGCACGUGCUCAAGGGCCAUGUCUUCCCUCAGUGGAAGCCGCGCCCGGCUUACAUCAUUGGUUCGCGCCUUCACAUGUGCGGGGUGGUGACGGAGGUGUCGGAGCUGAGCGGGGGCAGCGUGGAGCUGUGCGAGCCCAAGGCGCAGCGGCUGGUGCUGCGCGUGGCGCCGCGUUGCCAUGGCAACAGCCUGCCUGGAGACGCCGGCAUGAAUCACUUCUUCCUCGGCUUCAGCACCGCCUGGGAGCGGAACCUCUGGUUUUCUUGGCUGAAAGAGGCGACGCAGUCCACACAGCCGCCCAGCGUGCUCGACCUGUCCGGGGGCGGGCGCGGCUCGCUCCCCUCCGCCCUCGCGCAGCACGCGGCCGACGCGUUCACCGUGCGCGUUCUGCGUCUCUCACGGAACGCCCUGCCCGUGCUGCCCCCGCAGGUGUUGAGCCUGGACAAGUUGACGCAUCUGGACCUCAGUGAGAAUAGGAUUGUGGAGCUGCCGAAGGAGAUGGUGAAGCUUGCGCAACUAGAGGAGUUGGUGCUGAACGACAAUGAGCUGAGGUGUCUGGACCCCGUGCUGCGGCUGCCGCGCCUGCGGACCCUGGAGGCGGCCAGGAACCUCAUCGUAUCUGUCGGGGAGAGCAGCAUCAUUCCGAUGGGUCUCGAAGAGGAGAAGGAGCAGCGCGCGCCGCUCACCGCCGUGGACCUGCGCCACAACCGGCUCAAGGGCAGCAUCAUUCUCGCCAAUUAUGAACACCUAGUGUCCCUGGACCUGUCCCACAACGCCAUCGAGGUGCUGAUGGUGUCGGCGCUGCGCAGCCUGCGGGAGCUGCGGGUCUCACAUAAUUCUCUCAAGCAUCUGUCUGUCCAUGGUCAUGCCUUGAAGACGCUGUAUGCACCGUAUAAUGAACUUGAGACCCUAACUACAAGCGUGCCGCCGAUAAACUUGGUGGAAAUAGAGGUGUCCCACAACAAGCUGGCCUACCUCCCGCAGUGGCUCUGUGGCUGCUCCGAUCUGGUCAAACUACAUGCGUCCAACAACGAGCUUACGGCGCUACCGGAACACCUCUUCUGCAGUGAACUGUCCAGCCUCAGCAGUCUCCAUCUAGCGCACAAUAAAAUCUCAAUGAUUCCUUCCAUGCCAAGACUACGAGCGCCUUUGAAAGAAUUGCUUCUACAAGACAACUGUAUUCCAGCCCUCCCAGAAAACUUUUUCUCAGUAUGCGAUAGACUCUGCGUUCUAAAUUUAACGAAUAAUAGAUUGUGUCGUCUCCCACCAGCCAGAGGUCAAUCCUCACACAGCUUAGAGAAGCUGUAUCUAACUGCCAAUUGUCUCAAUGAUAACAUAGCAGACGUAAUCGUAGCUUUCCGUGGACUGAAGGUUUUACAUCUGGCAUAUAACUGUCUAACUAUGCUGCCUGAUAGCUGCAUAAUUUUUUGGCCCGAUAUCGAGGAACUAGUUUUGUCUGGAAAUAAUUUAUCCAGACUGCCGGAAAACUUGCCACAGCUUAACAACAUCAAGAUAAUAAGAGCGCAUUCAAACAGGUUAAGGUCGCUUCCAAUGUUUGCUUGUAGCGCAUCCGUUAAGAUCUUGGAUUUUGCACACAACGAACUUGAAAAUGUAGACCUUAGACUUCUUGCUCCAAAGCAAUUAAAGUUUUUGGAUAUUUCAUGCAAUAAGAAGUUACAAGUAGAUGCAUCACAAUUCAACGCCUAUAGAUGUCAGCGACCUUUAAGCCUAGUGGACGUGAGUGGGAAAAAUUCAGUCAGUAAAAUAAUUCAGAAAACUGGUUACCAUGAGGAGCUUACUGCAGCAAACCCUUGGACGACAGGGUUUUCAGAAUGUCCAAACAAAUCAUUGCAACUUUGUUGUGCUCAAAUCCGACUGCCGUCAUUUUGUAACAAAGAGGGCUUGUUUGCUAUUAUUGACGGAGAAAACGAUACUGAAGUGCCAAAAAUACUACAAUCAACAUUACCAGGAUUAAUUUUGGAGGAGAAAUCCAUAAAAGAGACGGUAAAUGAGUACAUGAAAUAUGUGGUGCUAUCUGCUCACAGAGAGUUGAAGGAGAAGGGUCAGAAAAAGGGUGCCAGCCUUAUAUUAUGUCAUCUCACUCCAAUCAGUAACCCUGAUAACGGCUUUGGCUAUACGCCACGGAGAUAUACGUUGAGGCUUGCUAACGUAGGAGACACAAGAGCAGUAUUGAGUCGGCGCACCGGCCCCCUCUGUCUUGGCAUAGAAAACAACAAACGACUAGGAUACUCCUCACGCUAUCCCAGCACAGUCCCUGACCCAGAUGUCAUACAGACUGUAAUUAAAGAAGAUGAUGAGUUUUUAAUACUAGCAAAUGGUAACUUUUGGAGUGUCAUAACAACUGAAACAGCUGUAUUGGAAGUAAGAGCAGAAAAGGACCCAAUCAUAGCUGCUAAAAGGCUACAAGACUUGGCCCAAAGUUAUGGUGUAGAAGGCUGUAUAUCCGUCACUGUCAUACGUUUUGACAUCACUCGUACUGAAGUGGACCAGUUGAUGCAAGAAUUAAGACAAACGAUUGGAGAAACUAAGUCAAUGUGUAGAUCAGACUGUUGCUGUUCUAGGUCUGAUGGUUGUUGUCACUCAGCGUCCCCACCGAAACCAAGUAGUGAUCGGUCCUCUCCCAGUGGCCAAAGUGAUCGACCACCGAGUGAAGUAGCCAACCCUCAACAUUACGCGAGUGUUAGAAGCACUCAAACGAAAGCAUCAGAAAGGCGUAGCUGUCGCGGUGGAGUCGCGCGCGCCAUCCGCGUCCGAGUAGAAGAAGACAAGGAAGAGGAAGUUAAGACUGAAGAAAGGCCCGGAUCGGAGGAACAAUUCAAGUGCUGGGAAUACAUGCUUGAACAGAAUACACAAAUGCUGUUUGACAAAGAGCUGGACAAUUUGUCGAAAGGAAUAAAAUCUAAUGUGAGCACCUUGCGGACCGUCAAAGGCUUAUCUGGAAGUAGUCCUCAGCUGCAUAUCCCUGCCAAGCCGGUCAAGCCCUCUGGCGUACCAUUUUUGUCCAAACAUUUUGGUAGUGCCCGGUCUUUUGGCAAUGCACUAAAGCCAGAUUUCAGAUUUGGCUCUGGUAGAGUACCCAAUGGAGGACCUAAUGCUGCAUACUUCGGCUCUCUUCAGCGACUGAUGCCAUAUCAUUUGGAAUACGAUUUUGCAGUGAUUCAAGAGAAGCAAGGCCUCUCGCAAGACUCGCUGGACCUCGAAGGUCGCAUGCAACAAUAUUGGGGUGUCGCCACAACGGAAUUGUAAACUAAUUGUAAUUCGUCGACACCUUUUAAUGAGCAUAAUAACAGACUUAUUAUUUGUAAAUAAAACUUCCUUUAAUUAGCAUAGUAUGUAUAAUUUAUACCAUUCACUUUUCGACUAGAAUUUAUUUUGCACAAGUUUACCGUCAUGGACUUACGUCUUAACUAUUGAGCUAUGUUAUUAUUAAAGUUUAUUACAUUGACUCUUUAUUUUAUGUACAAUAUUGUGAUAAACGAAAUGAUUUUAUUUUAAAAAUCUACAUUUAAAUGAUUGUUAAAUACUCUAAUAAAGUACCAACUGUAAGUA